UCAAAUUGUGAAAGAAGAAAAAUCCGAGACGGAGGUUGGAAGGAAAUUUUGUGAGUGCCGAAGAAAGGACUUCCUGUGGCUUUUCGGAUGGAACACAACACAAGAGGGAGUCUCACAGCUGAAAAGCUAAAAAGUCACGUCCGGGAAUCAUUUGAGCACCUCCGAAAAGCCCUGGCGAUCCGGGAGAAGCUCCUGCUGCGCCAAGUGGAAGUCCUGCUGAAUCAAACGCAGCAAAAACUCACAAUUGACGAAGUGAAAUUCAUUCCGGAGAAUGAGGAAGCUGUCUUGAAUUGCAUCCGGGAGUUUGGGCGGUUUAAUUUGGAAAAUUACAAUUUUGUAAGUGAUCUUCUGACCACGGAGGACUACAUUUGCCCUACAAAUGACCAUGAGACACUGUACAAGUAUGUGAGUGAGGAGAAAUCAGGUCCAGAUAUUGAUUUCAGCAAUAACAGAACAAUUAUCACGGAGAAUGCAAAUUAUCUCAAUGAUUCCAUCAUCAAUAUCAUUCUGAGUGAGUCAAAGGAGCUCAUUGAGGGGCAAGGAGAACCCCCAGGGGCUGCAAGAGUAGGUGUCAAGGAAACCAAAUCAAUGGGAUGUAAACAAGAGGUAGCGCCGGAGGAGGAUGAGGGUGAAGCAGAGCUUUCGGGGAAAUCAAUAAAGUGCUGCGUCUCCAACAUGACGAUUCAGCGGUGCUCGGGAACGCUCAACCUGAAGAAUAUCUCCCAUCUCACCAUUAAUACAACCUGCAAAGCCACCCCGGCUGCCUCCUCUAGCCUCGAAGAUACCCCAAAUCCCCAAACAUGCUCCAUGGAAACGACCUCCAUCGAUCCCCAACACCCUGGCCAAAUUCAGCAAUGGCUCAAGCAGAUAAUCUGCGAAACGGAAACAGAACCAAUUCCCAGUGAUGACAUCCUCGAGCACAGUCGCAUUGAUACGCAGUGAGCAAUAAAAAUGCACCAUUUUCA